CCGCCAUCUCCACCACAACCGCCACGGUCACGUCCAAACCCUUCUUGCAGUCUUGUGUGAUGCCUGCAUAUCCUUCCGUGCCCUUCCUUCUUUGUUCAUUUCUUGAAGUGCUUCUUGUUGCCCUCCAGUGGACUGCGCCUCCACUUACAGCCAUCCCGACAAUGUUUGAAUGACCGCACAUACGAGUACCAAGGCGCUGCACCACGCCGGGCUCACACCCGCCUCUAGCCUUAUCAGUAGACGCCCACACAUCCUACAUCCUCUGCUCUAAUAAAGCUCUGUCUCACCACAGCACGUUGCACAGACCCUCCACGCUGCCAUGAUGGCAGAAACUCGAGAUUCUAGCAUCCCCCCCAUGACCAGCAGCCCUUCCCCCCCCUCCCCAAUGGCAAAGGUCGAUGGCUCGAACAACAGACCAAAGGAUGCUGCACGCAUCCUCUCCCCCCUGCGACUAGGCCAGAAUGUGGAUGAGGCGAGCGGCCAGUCUGCCGCAUCCUCCUCCAACGGUCCCCCCAUAAUAACGAAGACGGUUCCCACAGGCGAGCCUAAAGCCGAGGAGGAGCCAAACGAGUUUCCCUUCAACAUCCCGCCUGUGGCCACUCACCCUCGAUCUGUCAACUCAGUGGCAGCCAGCGACCAGUCAGUGAAGAUCCCACCGCGAUCCCCUGGUGCAGUCAAUGGCUCCAUCGGGUCGAACUCCAUAGCACCGGUUUCGCGGAGGGCUACGGCGGAAGGAGAGGAGUCGGACGCACCAAAAGGGCGUCGAAGCGUGCAGUUUGCUCGGUCUGCUACCUUCGACCCUGGCCCACACUCCCGACAUCAGUCAUGGGAGACGGAAGGGGAGGGGAAGGGGAAGGAAAGAGAAAAACAGGGUUCGUCGUUGAUAACUAAACUGAGGGCGCUGGCAACCCCAAUUGCAUUGCAGGGGCAUGGACGCAGUCUGAGUGCGUUUGCGGGAGGAGCGCCUACCAUUCACGAAGGCUCGGCAAGCGGCCCACUGUCCCCCGAGUCGGAACGGGGUGAGCCCGACUACGGUGGAGGGAACGACAGCGAGGCCGAUGCCGAUGCCGAAGAGAGUGCUGGCGAAGGCCCCUCGCGCCCGCCCCGAAGGAGAAGGAAGAGCCGGCGCUGGUUCGAUGACGGCACUCAGGGCACCCAGACUGCACCCACGACGCCGAAGAACCACAACCCUGCACACUUCUUCUCCCGCGAUUCGCCCAAUGGCACUCCGACUUCUGUUCACCGACCUGGCGUCCGCCGACGUGGUACGAUGUCCGACAUUCCAGAGAACCAGAGGCAGGGUGUCUCCGAGGACGAAGGACGUGACAGGCUGGCCAAGGAAAGCGCUUGGACACGAGGCCUUCACAGUGCCCGAGGUUUGUCCUAUGGCGGGCUCCGGAGACAUGACGCUGAAGGGUCCGAGGAUCGACGGCCAAGUAAUUUGCGAAGAUUGACUGGAUUUGGCAGCGCAGGUGCAGACGGACAACCCUCGCCAUGGCGCAUACGUAGUGACCGAACGUCUAGCCUGAGCGCGCAGAAGUGGCAAAAGAUCAAGGCGGGCCUCAAGAUGCUUGGUCAGCGGAGCAAAGCCGAACGGCAGGUCGACCAUGCAAAAUCCGCAGAGCUCAUGGCCGAGCUUCUGGCAGGUGCGCCGGCUGCAUUGUUCCUUGCCAGCAUGUUCCAACGUGACGAGCACGGUCACAAGCGCAUUCCCAUUCUAUUAGAGCAACUGAAGGUUACCGUCUCCGACAGCGACAAAGCCCCCGAGAAAGGGGGCGAUCGCCAUACAGUAUUCCGAAUAGAACUUGAAUAUGGCAAUGGCCUCACGCGAAUGAAAUGGGUCAUCCAUCGCUCAAUGAGGGACUUUGCAAAUCUUCAUUUGAAGUACAAGUUGCAGGAGUCUCAAGAAAAGUACAUUUCAUUAAAUUCCCGGUCAGAGGACCCCAAGCGCCCAAAACUACCACGGUUCCCCAAGAGUGCUCUACCCUAUUUGCGAGGCUUGCGCGGCUAUGGUGCCCUUGAAGACGAGGACGAUGAGGAAGAAGACGGCGCUGGAGGACCUCACGCUAGCGGACCUGAUGCAGAGGCCAGUGGUACAGACCGACCCUCCAAAGGCAAGCGCCGCCGGUCGUCCUUCGUUCUUGGUCGCAGAAAGUCCAGUAUUGGGGGCCCGGAACAAGGGGGCGUAGUUGGCCAGGUUGCUGCAAGACAGGGCAGUUUUGCUGGGGCCAUUGGGGCGCCGCUGAGUAACAAGCAAACUCACGCCGAGCGACAGCGGAAGAAGUUGGAGAAGUACCUCACAUCCCUAAUCACGUAUCUCAUCUUCCGCCCCGACAGCAACCGACUAUGCAAGUUCUUAGAACUAUCUGCGCUUGGAGUUAGGCUCGCUGCUGAAGGUGGGUACCAUGGCAAGGAAGGGUACAUGAUGAUUCAAUCUGCAAAGGGAGUCGACCACCGGAAGAAAUGGACCCCAUCGCCAUUAAUCAAGCGCCACUCACCCAAAUGGUUUCUUGUGCGACAUAGCUAUGUCGUCUGUGUAGACUCCCCCGAAGAAAUGAACGUUUAUGACGUUUUCCUUGUCGAUUCCGACUUCGCCAUCGAGUCAAAGAAGCUCCGACUUAGGGACAAGAAGGCCAAGGACAUUGCGAGCGAAGCAAAGACUUCCGCAACUCAUCCGAACCACCACCAGCUGCGUCUGGUCAAUUCCGAAAGAAGGAUGAAGUUGCUGGCAAAGAACGAAAGGCAGUUGCAGCAAUUCGAGGACUCGGUGAAGUUUAUGAAGCAGAGCACUCAAUGGGGGAGCCCACAACGGUUCGGCAGCUUUGCUCCUGUCCGGAAGAGGAUCUACGCCCAGUGGCUUGUUGAUGGACGCGAUUACAUGUGGAAUGUCUCUCGAGCGAUUAGCAUGGCAAGGGAUGUCAUCUAUAUCCACGAUUGGUGGCUGAGUCCGGAGCUGUAUAUGCGGAGACCAGCCGCCAUCAGCCAGAAGUGGAGACUUGACAGGCUUCUCCAGCGUAAAGCGCAAGAGGGUGUCAAAGUCUUCGUCAUCAUGUAUCGCAACAUUAACACAGCCAUUCCCAUCGACUCAGAAUAUUCCAAGUUCUCCCUACUAGACCUUCACCCCAACGUCUUUGUGCAACGAUCUCCAAACCAGAUCAGACAGAACACCUUUUUCUGGGCACAUCAUGAGAAGAUAUGCAUCAUCGAUCAUACCAUCGCUUUUUGCGGAGGUGUUGACCUUUGCUUUGGUCGUUGGGAUACGCCUCAGCAUGCCGUUGUGGACGACAAGCUGACUGGGUUCGAGCUAAAUGAUGCUCCAAAGGAUGCAGACCAUUGCCAACUUUGGCCUGGUAAAGAUUACUCCAAUCCGCGGGUUCAAGAUUUCUACAAUCUCGACAAACCAUACGAGGAGAUGUAUGACCGGACCAAGGUUCCCCGCAUGCCCUGGCAUGAUAUUGGCAUGCAGAUUGUAGGCCAACCUGCUCGCGACUUGACCCGACAUUUCGUUCAGCGAUGGAACUACCUACUCCGCCAACGCAAACCGUCUCGACCUACGCCAUUCCUUCUUCCCCCCCCAGACUUCAAUCCAGCCGAUAUCGAAGCCCUUGGGCUCGACGGAACAUGCGAGAUCCAGAUCCUCCGUUCUGCAGCAGCUUGGUCACUCGGUACGCCGGGCAAGACGGAACACAGCAUCCACAACGCCUAUGUCCAGAUGAUUUCCACGUCUGAGCACUUCGUGUAUAUCGAGAACCAGUUCUUCAUCAGCAGCUGUGAAGUCGAGGGCACCAAGAUUGAGAAUAAGAUCGGUGACGCGAUUGUCGAUCGUAUCAAGCGAGCUCACAAAGAACACGAGGAUUGGAGAGCAUGCAUCAUCAUCCCUCUCAUGCCCGGGUUUCAAAAUACUGUCGACCAACAAGAUGGGAGUAGCGUACGUCUAAUCAUGACAUGUCAGUACCGCAGCAUCUGUCGUGGAGAAACCUCUAUUUUCGGCCGUUUACGUGCGGCGGGCAUUGAGCCCGAAGACUACAUCCAGUUCUACGCUUUGAGGUCCUGGGGUGCGAUCGGUCCGACCAAAGCGCUUGUUACAGAACAGCUGUACAUACAUGCUAAAUGUAUGAUUGUCGACGAUAGAGUGGCUAUCAUUGGGUCCGCUAAUAUCAACGAACGGUCCAUGCUUGGGUCACGCGAUUCCGAGGUCGCGGCCAUUGUUCGGGAUACAGAAAUGCUUGAUUCGUACAUGGGUGGCGAACCGUACAAAGUUGGGCGGUUCCCUCACACACUCCGCAUGCGCCUCAUGCGGGAACACUUGGGCGUUGACGUUGAUGGAAUUAUGGAAGAUGAGUGGCAAAGCCAACAAUCCGAUGUUGACAGUCAAAAUUUCCACACGGAGUCGUCUAGCCCGUCGUCUCCAACAACCGAUCGAGUUACCGAGCAAAAGUUGACUGAAAACAAGCAUCGCCUUCAGGAUGAUCUGAUUGCGCGGGCAGAAAAACUUCACAGCUUCAACCACGAUGUCGACUGGGAACAAGAGAACAAUCCUCAUCUCCAAGCGAAUAAGAAGCAUACAACAGACUCUCGCGUUAUUGGUAACUCUGUUCACGAGAAGGACGUGAAUGGUGAUGGCCCCGACCACAUGCGGGAGAUUGAGGCUCGACGCCCCAGCUGGUCGCAUGGUCGAGAUUCUUAUAUCAAUGAACAUGGGCACGAGACGCUAGUUUCUGAUGUCGCCUCCGAAGGUCUGACAGCCACUCCAAAGAGCCCGAGUAAGAAAUCACGUGGACGCAGCAACACAACAACUACCAAAGCUAGCACACAUAGUAGCAGUUUACCUGAAGGAUAUGCAGGCCUCCCGCCUCCAAGGAUGCCUCGAAUGGACACACGACAACUUGGCCUCACGCAACUCAGUCAAUUACCAUCUCUCCCAGUCUGUGACGAUACCGACAUUGGCGGUCCACCACUGCAGCGCACAUUCAGUUACGCGUCCUCCCAUGUCAUUACGCCUCUGUUGGCAGACAUGCGUCGACCUAUCAUUUCGGAUGAAUGCAUGCGCGAUCCUCUCAACGACAGCUUCUACCUCGACAUAUGGCACACAGUCGCUGAAAACAACACCAAACUCUUCCGUCAAGUAUUCCGCUGCCAGCCAGACAAUGAAGUGAAGACAUGGAAAGAGUACAAAGAGUACGCCGCCUUCGGCGAACGAUUCAACCAAGUUCAAGGCGCGGGCAAAUCAACGCAACGCAAGCAGCAAGAAACACCCGGUAAGACCGGACCACCCGGAACCGGCACCACAGAUAGAAUCGCCUCGAUCGCUGGAAACACAGCGAAGCAAGCUGAAGCUGUUGGCGAGAAGAUCGCAGAGAAGAUGAAUUUCGAUGGCAUGGGUCAUCAUGACGAGAAGUCCAAUAUGGGAAAGGUAGAGCAGUGGGCCCAGGACCAGGAGAAUAAUGCCCUUGUUCCGGCACAUAUUCAGGUCAAUAGUCCGGCUGCUGACUUGGAUGAAAAGAGUGCGCUCAGGCUUCCUGCAGAUGAUGCGGUUGUAAGCCCCAUUGGAACGAGUCCACCAACGAACAUCAUAAAUUUUCCACCUCCGCCUCCUAUCCCCGCAACUGAUACCGCUGACUUCACCUUCCCAAACACGAAUGGAAACGGAAGCGGAAACGGAAACGGAAACGGAAAUGUCACAAUUGGCCGCACACGCACAGUAACAUACAGCGAGCCCCCACCUCCAGGUCGCGCACACGCCAACACAGCUUCCAGCAGUUCUCGCAAAGGGCGACGCCGCGCGACCACCAAAUCUAGCACAAGGGCUUUCCAUGCUAACGAUGAUAAUAUCCUGUUGGAUAAAGAGGAUGCGAAGAAAUUACUGGAAUUAGUGCAGGGGCAUUUGGUGGUUUGGCCUUAUGAGUGGCUGGAGAAGGAGGAGAAGGGGGGUGGGUGGUUGUAUACGGUGGAUCAGAUUGCCCCGUUGGAGAUUUAUACCUAAUUAUUACUAUCCUACCUACCUUGCCUUACUACUACCUAUAAUUUGAAAAUAGUGGCGUUCAGAGUAUUUCUUCGAGCGGGGUGUUUUUCAGUCAAGUUUGAGUACAGCACAGCACAGCAUAUGGUAAUCGAUCUGGCAUUUGUGAGCGUUUUUGCGUGGUAUUCGGUCUCUGUUUUUCUGUCUUGACUAUAUGCGACUAUCUGCAAUAUUACUUGUACUCUAUAUACUGUAUUUUAGGGCGAAGCUUUCGUGGUUCAUUAUACUUCUGGUACAUGUCUGUCUGCCGCAUUUGUGGAUGGAUAAAGCGUUUGCAUAUCGUAUCUUGGUUGAGGCCACCAGCUAUUUUUUAA